AUGAGUGCCUAUAUGCCUCAAACUCAGAAUACUGACUACUCUAGAGCUCAUAUGACCUUGUCGGGUAAACCAACCCGCAGGUUAAAUGGUGAUGAACCAUUGCUUCGUUUCAAGGAGGCAAAAAAAGUGCUCGGAGAAAUUUAUACCGAUUUGGGUGAUCAUGUAGAUGAAUUGAAAAGCGUUUACAAAGGGAUUUCCACAGAUAGCACUGAUGUGAUUCCUAAGGACCAAGAAGAAGAGAUCGCUAUCUUGAAAGAAUCUAUUCAAACAAUAACUGAAACAUUUAGUCGCGAUAACAUGAAAGUUGUGUUUUUUGGAAGAACAAGUAAUGGCAAGAGCACAACCAUUAAUGCUAUGCUUCAUAAUAAAGUUUUGCCUCAAGGAAUGGGGCAUACAACAUGCUGCUUCCUCCAGGUACAAGGGUGCAGAGAAGGAGAUGGCUAUAUGAUCUUGGGAGAUGAUCCAAGUAGAAUAGAUAUCAAAGAAUUGGGCAAAAUGGGUCAUGCAAUGAGCAGUGAGAACUCUGAAGUGCCUGAAAUGGGACAAGACUCGCUUUUACGCAUUUAUCACCCUAUCGGAGAUGGAGAUUCGAAUGAGAACAGACUGCUACAAAACGAUGUUGUGUUGCUUGACAGUCCGGGAGUUGAUUUGUCGCCCGAAUUUGAUAGUUGGAUUGAUAAACAUUGUCUGGAUGCCGACGUUUUUGUUUUAGUUUUGAAUGCUGAAUCGACACUUACACAAGCCGAGAAAAAUUUCUUCUACCGUGUCGCAAAAAAGUUAAGUAAACCCAACAUUUUCAUUUUGAACAAUAGAUGGGACGCUAGUGCUUCGGAGGAUGAUGUAGAAGAGGUCAAAAAGCAGCAUCAGAACAGAUUCAGACAAUUCUUAGUAAAUGAGUUGGAAGUUUGUACUGAAAAGGAAGUUAAUAAUCGCAUUUACUUUGUCUCAUCUCGUGAAGUUCUCGAAGCGAGAUUGAAAGAGAAAGGUUUAACACAAAAGGCUUAUCAAGCUUCUGGUUCUCGGGAACGCUUAUUGGAGUUUGAAAACUUUGAGAAAAACUUCGAACAAUGUAUAUCAAGAUCUGCAAUUUUAUCAAAGUUUGAAGCUCACAAAAGGAGAGCAUUCGAAAUCAUUCAAAGAAUGAGAGAGAAUGUUGACCAAGCACAACGCCGAGUAAAUGACCAGAAGAUCAAGUAUGAAGACGAUCUCAAGGCUGCCUCUCAAGUCUUCAACGAUUGUCGUAAGAAUUUUUCUUUAUUUGAAACAGCAUAUUUGGAACAAACCGAGCACUUGAGAGCAGAAGUUCAUCUGAAAGUAUCCGCUGAUUUCGCAGAGGAAAUCUUAAGACUAGAGGCUAUCAUUGAUAGGUUCAAUCAACCUUUCGUUGAUAGUGCUGAGGGAAUAAGAGAGUAUAAGGAAAGCUUGUCAAUAUUCACUAAUAAUUCUGUGAACGCUGAUCUGGAAGCUCGUUGUACUGGUGGGCUCAUGUCGCGAAUCUGGAACCUAGAGAAUGAUAUGUUCCAUUACGUGAAAAAAAUUCUCUCAGAGCCAUAUCAACAUAAGCUUGAAGAAGUAUGGCGUUACCGUGCCCCAUUCAAGUUCUCCAUCUGCGUUGACGCUCCCGCUCUCAUUCAGGAUUUCCAUGAGGAUCUUGAAUUCCGUUUCACUUUUGGAUUGUCCUCAAUCAUUCGUAGAAUUGUGGCUUAUAGAUCGGGACAACCAGUAACAGCCAUUCAAACUAACUUACUCACACCACUGAAACUUCAUAAAACUGGAAAUGGUGAUGAAGCUGCCGAUCAAGCGUACUUGGCCGCUGAAGAAAACGCUGUUAUGACACAAAUGGUACUCAGUUCAGCUGCGUACUUGGCUAAUGGAAGUCUAGGAGUGAUGGUUGUUUGUGGAGUUGUUUACAAAGCUGUCGGAUGGAGGGUGAUUGCAGUCGGUGCAGCUGCUUAUGGAGGUUUAUAUGCCUUGGAGCGACUACGAUGGAAUUCUAGUGCGAAAGAACAACACUUCAAAGAACAGUUCAGAUCUCAUUUGGCUGCUAGAAUGAAACAGGUUGCUGCAGCCCAUAUUUCCCACUGCGAAAUCCAGGCAGUAAGAGAGAUGAACCAAGUGUUCGAUGGUCUGAAAACUACCGUGGGUGGUGUUCAUCGAGAAAUGAAAGAUGAUUUAGACAAAAGCAAGAGAAAAAUUGAUGUUGUCGAUGCAACAGUGAAAGCUUUAGCCACCAUCAAAGGAAAGACCGCAUUGCUACUCUGCAACCUCGAACAGUUCGCUUCGGCUUACCUUCGUACAGAUUCCCCUUCCCCAUAG